AUAAUAAUAAUAAUAAUAAUUAUAAUAAUAAUAAUAAUAAUAAUAAUAAUAAUCAGAAUAAUAAUAAUAAUAAUCAGAAAAAUUAACUAUCAGUACCACAACCACUACCUCUACAAGAACCACAACAACAGUGACUAUUACAACAGCUGUGAUGCCGAUGACAACAACAACAACAACAGCAACAACACCGAACAUUAAACUCGACAAGAGUAACAGUUUCAACAGCGCAGCCAUAAGGGAUGAGGGAAUUCUGUGAUGAUGGAGAAGGGUGCUAGGGUGAGGUAGGGGGCUAGCUUUGUAGUGUUUCAGGAGGGGAUGGAAUCAGAUGUUCUCCCUCUUCGUACUGUGGAUACAGCUGUGUGGAUAUUGCUACUGAGAUAUUGGCAGGAAUACUAAAUGUGGGGCCCCGUGAAUGGUGAAAUACGUUCCAAUGUGACAAAGAGCUGAUUUUAGAAGAACAUAUUCACGGUUGAAAGACUUUCUAGAGAUUCAGUGAAUUCCAAGAAACCAGUAUGACGUCAGAAAAUGAAUGUGAUCUCUUAUUCAAUAAUUCCACUGGUAAUAUUGCCAAUAUUCUUGAACUGAACAGGUUAAAAGUUCGGGAUUAUAUCCCUGUCUUGCUUUAUAUUUCAAUUGGAAUUGUUAUUGGCACGACCGGCAAUGCUGCUGUUAUGUAUGUCUACAGUCGCAAGAUGGAACGAACCGGGACAAACAGAUUUGUGGUCAUGCUAGGAGCGUGUGACUUCUUAAGUUGUGUAUUUUCAAUGCCUAUGGAGCUACUCAGAGUUUCUCAACCGCAUAUUUUUAGUGGGCAAGGAGCCUGUAAACUCUCAUUGUUGAUUGCUUCGGCGAUUGCUAUAGAUUCUGGACUAAUAAUAUUCGCUAUUUCAAUAGACCGUUACAGACGAAUGUGCCGGCCGUUUGACAAACAGCUCACCCAGAGAAUGGCAGAAAUUGUGUCUGUGGUACUUGUAGUCAUUUCAUUUAUGCUGGGAUGGCCUUCAUGGUUAAUUUACGGCACCAGAAGAACACCGACACAAAAUAGUAAAGUCAGCGGUGGAUGUGAAUGUGGUAUUGCUCAAUCCAUGUUUGAUACGAUAUAUCCACGAUUAUUUUAUUACGCUCUCCUUAUUCUUUCGGUGGCUUUAUUUUCUAUAAUUUUCUUGCUAUAUUUUCUCAUUGCUAUCAAGGUAUGGAGACACAAAAAUAAACGAUUGGCAGCCGCUAAAAAUAUCUCAAAUGCCAUAGUGUCCACUACUUCACCUGUUAAACCUUCAAGUAAUUCAUUGCCUGGCAAGAAAAUAUUACCUUACCUUCCGACACAGGAAAGCGAAAUUUCAGUCGAUUUGCGCAAUGCGUUACCAAGUCAAAGAAUAUCAAAGCAUGUACGGAUAAUUCCACAUGGAAACAGAUCUCCUUCAAAAGGAACACUUCUUCGUGUAACAAGAACUUCUUCCAUUAUGGCUUUGAUAGCUGUAACUUGGGUUCUUAGCUAUAUGCCUCAUAUUAUCUUGGUCAUGCUGGAAAUUCACGUAAAAGGAUUUCGCGAGACAUUGACGCCAUUACAGGACAUAUUUUUCCAGCUAGCCAUACGCUCUUAUCUCCUCAACAACGCAGUUAACCCUAUUAUAUAUGGUGUAUUCAAUAUGCGAUUCCGGAGAGAAGUAAGACGAAUAAUUAGCUAUAUCCUACCACCUUGUGUUCGUCCAACCAUUACUCCCACACAACCUUCUAGCCAGAUGUGUAGUCAGCCGUCCAUGGAUGAUUAGAACUCUUUUCCAUCACACGGCUUUCAUUUACCAUGCAAACAAAAAAAAAAUGUAUGUUUGGCUCUUCUAAUUUAUUUUACAUGUUCUCAUCACGUUGUUCUUUGAUAAAAACAUUUAAUUACUUUUAUACGGAGGUUCAAUUCAAACUGUGCUACGAAGCAUAAUCAAUAGAAUAACAGAGAAAAGCCUGGUUACAUAUGGAUUGUUGAAAGAAAUGUUAAAAAUAUGUCACGUUAAUGGAAGUAAAAUACUUUACAUAUAAAUUUUUCAGUGACAUAUUUAACCUGUAUAUAUAUAUAUAUAUAUUAAAAAAAACAAAGAGUGAUAAACGUAUCAAGUGGAAUGUUCUACUGAAAACAUGAACUAUGCAAACUAAAGUAUUGAAGUUUAUAUCUCUAAACCUGCUUUGAUAACUUUAAACUUUUCGGUCGAAUGCUCAGGUCAAAGGUGAUUUGAGUGUUUAAACACUUUGUCACCCGCACAGAAAAUAGAUUGUUGUGUAACGUCAAGAAUUGUAUGAUUUCACUAAUGCAUAUAUGUGUGUGUGUGGUGUAUACAUGUGUAAGCUUUCGUAUGUAUGUAUAUAUAUAUAUGUAUAUUUAUAUAUGAGCAUG